CUGAGAGAGCUGAGCGUUAGUGUGUGAUUGUGAUUAUAUAUGAGAAUUAAAUCAGUCAUUUGGUGAAACAUGUCGGUUAAACACGCUCUCAGUCGCGGGUUGGAGCUGGGCAGGUCGCUUCUCCAGUUGGGAAUCCUGAAACCUGCCGCCCGAGUGGCGAUAAAGUUCCGCGGUGAGCGACUGCGCGUACCUCAUCCAGGCCGCACCGUACAGCCUCGGACUUUCCUGCCUGCUCGGUACCGCUAUUACCGCACCUCCCUCAGCGGCAUUGCCGCUCAACUCCAGUCAGCCGGUGUUAGACGAUUUUUCGGGGGCGGCCCUCCUAGAAACAGAGCCGUGUCUCUGGCUUUCGGAGUCGGGUUGUGUUUGAUAGAUCAGCAGCUGGAGGACAACCGGAGGAGCGCAACGACAUGUCAGGAAAUUCAGGCACUAUUCAGGAAGAAGAAGCACCAGACACCUCUAAAACCAUUCACGUCUGGAUAUAAACUAGAGGAUUAUAAAAUUGGGACGCAGAUAGGAAAAGGCUGCAAUGCUGCUGUGUACGAGGCCGCUGCGCCAUUUGCACCCCUUGCACAGGGCAGCAAGAUUUCCCUGGUGGAGCUGGAAAAAAAUGGAGAAGAAAGCAACAUCACAGCACCCAUAAGAUGCUCCAGCGCAGGCAGAUAUCCACUGGCUAUGAAAAUCAUGUGGAAUAUUGGGGCAGGUUCCUCUAGUGAUGCGAUAUUUAAAUCCAUGUCCCAUGAGCUGGUACCUGCAAUCCCUCAGGCUUUGAUGAAGGAAAAAAGUGAGCUAGUACUGAGUGGCCAUUUUGGGACGAUUCCCAAGAGGGUGACGCCUCAUCCUAACAUCAUCACAGUGUACAGAGCUUUCACUGAUGAUGUGCCACUGCUGCCAGGUGCUGUAGAGGAGUACCCUGCAGCACUGCCUGCCAGACUUAACCCCACCGGCCUGGGCAACAACCGGACACUCUUCCUCGUCAUGAAGAAUUACCCGUGUACGCUGCGCCAGUACCUGGAUGUUUGUGUGCCAGGUCACAGACAUGCCACGAUGAUGUUGCUGCAGCUGCUAGAAGGUGUGGAUCACCUGUGCAGACAGGGCAUCGCACACAGAGACCUCAAAUCAGACAACAUCCUCCUGGAAUUAGACUUCAAUGGCUGCCCCAGGCUGGUCAUCUCUGACUUUGGCUGCUGCCUGGCAGAGGAGGGUUUGGGCCUAAAGCUGCCCUACAACAGCAGCUGGGUGAGCAAAGGGGGGAACUCCAGCCUCAUGGCACCUGAGGUUGCCAAGGCCAAUCCUGAACCAGAUACUGUGAUUGACUACAGUAAGGCGGACGCUUGGGCAGUGGGGGCCAUCGCCUAUGAGAUCUUUGGACAAUCCAACCCGUUCUACAGCCCAACAAACCUGGAAAGUCAUGGAAAGGAGAGGGAGCUGCCACCACUGCAUGCUGAUGUUCCAGCACAUGUGCACCUGGUGGUGAAACUGCUUCUGCGACGGAACCCUAACAAGCGUUCCAGUGCUCGCGUAGCUGCCAAUAUCCUGCACCUCAGCUUGUGGGGCACACAGGCACUGACCACCCUAAAUCCAUCCAGCAUGGCGAAGAUAGCUGAGUGGCUGCUGUGCCAGUCAGCUGUGGUGCUUCUUAGGGGCUGUGGGCAUGUAGCCAGUUCAGUGGAGACUGAGCUUCAGAGAGGAUUCCUCGCCAACCUGAACCUGGGGGAGCUCAGAAUGGCAGUAGUUUACCUUAUGUUGGACGGCUACUUUAGACAAGCAGAACUGUCUAAAGAAGCACUACAUGAUGUUAAGCUACUGAAGUAAUUGAAGUGUUUCCCUUAGAAAUAGACUUGUGCAGCUUGUCGUGUGCUCUGACAUGAUUAAGUCUAGGAAACGUUUUUGCAAAAACAAACAUGACUACACCCACAUACUUUUUAAAACUCACUUGUUAAAUUUUGGAAGGCUAAAAAUUAAAAAUACAAUUAAAACAACAUCCCAAAAUGGACAAACAAGCCAAGUAUUUAAAGUGAAUGUCACAGGGCACUUGGGUGGUGCAGCUGUGAAACAACUGACCAAAGAAAUUCCCCGACCUCUGCUGGCUAAUCGAUGGCACCUGCACAGAGACGUUGAAUAAUGGAGGUCAGUGAGUGAGUCUCUGUACGCGAUACUGAUCCCUGUGUGAACCUGCCUUGUGCAGGUGAAAAGAAGCAUUUGGCAACCACACACAUGUCGUUAGAGGUGUGUGUUAGGUUAAGCCCUCCUCAGUCAGGGUAGAGGUUUACAUCAGUAGAGGAGAUAGAACUGGAAAUUGGAUAUGACUAGAUUGGGGAAAAAAGGGACAAAUGCAUGAAUAGAAUAAUAAACAUGUCCCAGAAGUAGGCUUACUAGAAGGUGUUUUGAAGCUCUGGUGUAUUUUUGUCUUAUGGCUGACAGCAAACCGUUUAGGUCCCGUUUAUCAUCAUAUUUCUGUGACUGUAACUGCACACUCUGAUUUGAGAUUUAUUUUAAUGUUACAGUGCAGUCUGCUUUAAUUAUAUUUACUUUUAAUAAGUUUAAUGUUCUCUCCACACUGGUGAGACAACUUCACACUUAAUUUAUGUUUUCAUAUUUUUUGAGCCAUGCGUGCUUGGAUUUUUGUUGAAGACUGGUAGACGUUUACACAACAUAUGUGAGUUUACUGGCUGUUUUAAAUUUACUGGCUGGUUUAACACAACCUAACACUGCAUAUUGUGUAGUUAUACCACUGGUAAUUAAAUAUAAUAAUUAAAUAUAUUAAUAAAUAAAAAAAUGCUCAGGUGCAGCACCAGUCUAUUACUCUAGCUCACUACCACUAAGAUCCAGGUUCGCACCUCAGAGGUGCUUUUGGCUGGCUGGGCGUCUACACAUACAUGUUUAGCUAUGUGUGGCGCCCAGUGUUUCCCAGUUGAACCAGACUCACCCCAACCUUUGAAGUUUCUCUAGACUUUAAAUCAUGUUAGAGGUAAAGCCCUGCAUGGUAUAUUUUUGAACUGCUAUGAAGUGUGGGUACUGUCCUGUCAGAGCUUCUUUUUGAUAAUUUUAAAGUGAUGCACUUUAUGUACUUACGCACUUUCACCACUUUGGAUGGGGUACACUCUGACCUUGUAUUAAAAACUUAAAUUAUAUAUUAAGGUGUAUUAAACAUUAGUUAGCCAAAUUGUUCUCAGUUUUGUGGGUAUUUACAACUUAUUAAACUUAUGUAAUUGAAAAAGCGCAUAAAAAACUUGGUUAACAAUAUGGCAGUUCUAUUCUUGUUCUUCGCAACACUGAAUAAAACAAACAUAACAGGU